AUGAAACAAUAAUAUUCAAAAUAGUUAGACUAAUAAUAGGAUUAUGAAUAAAUACGUGGGAUUGAUGAUUUAAAAGACUUAUUUUAAUUAGCAUCAAUAAAUGAUGGAUCUAGUCUGUAGAAAGUGUAGAAAUGGGGAGGAGAUCAAGGAUUAGCAAAAUAAUUGAAAUCUCAUUAACUGGUAUUUAGUUUGAAUUAAUAAAGAUAGAAAGGAAUAGAUUCAGAAGCUUAAGUAAUAGAGAAUAGAGAGAAAUAUGGGAAUAAUGAUCCUAUAGAGAAAGAGUCAGAAUCUUUAUGUGAUUUGAUAUUGGAAUGUUUUGGAGAUACAAUGCUAUAAAUUUUAUUAUUGGCAGCAUUUGUUAGUACAAUAAUAGGAAUGAUCAAUGAUGGUGUGGCAACUGGAUGGACUGAAGGGUAUUUGAAUAUUGUUUAUAGUUAUUUAGUGCAACAAUAUUUUUUGCUGUAUUUUUGAUAGUUUCAAUAACAGCUGGUAAUAAUUAUUUAAAAGAAAGACAAUUUUAGUAAUUACGUAGAAAAUUGGAUGAUGGAUUGGUCUAAGUAGUACGUGGAGGAAUAGUAGAGAUUUCUGUUAAAGAAAUAGUUGUAGGAGAUAUUCUCUAAUUUGGAAUUGGAGAUAUGUUUGCAGUUGAUGGUAUAAAUCUAAUUAGAUUAAUAUAGGUUUAAUGAUACAAGGAUCUUAGGUUAAAGUAGAUGAAUCUGCUAUGACAGGAGAAUCUGAUGAAAUUAAAAAAUUACCAUUUAAUGAAAUGAUCCAGUAAUCUUAAAUAUCUUUGGAUAACCAUCAUUGUAGUCCUUUUUUGAUUAGUGGUACUAAAUGUUUAGAUGGUAAUGGUUAUUUGCUUGUAUUGUAAGUGGGUCAAAAUACUGUGUAAGGCUAAUUGAAAUUGUUACUUAAUUAAGAUAAUCCUCCAACACCUCUGUAAUAAAAAUUAGAAGGAGUUGCUGAGGAUAUAGGUAAAUUAGGAACAUUAAUAGCUAUCUUAACAUUUAUAGCUUUGAUGGGACAUUUAGUAUAUGAUGUAUUUGUACAACAUAAACAUGAUUUCAUGACUUUGAAGACUUUAUCAUUUAUCAUUGAAGCAUUUAUGAUAGGGGUAACUAUCAUUGUUGUUGCAGUACCUGAAGGAUUGCCUCUAGCAGUGACUAUAGCAUUAGCUUAUUCAGUAGGAAAGAUGAAGGAUGAAUAAAAUUUGGUGAAAAAUCUUGCUUCUUGUGAAAUUAUGGGAGGAGCCAAUAAUAUUUGUAGUGAUAAAACUGGAACUUUAACUUAAAAUAUCAUGUAAGUUACUUCUCUUUGGUGUGAAAAUAAUUCAAUUUCGAAACAAUAAUUUGAUUAAAAUAAUAUACUAUCAAAACCUACAAUAGAAAUUAUGGUUGAAUCUAUUUGCUAUAAUUCGAAUGCUAAUCCUACUAAAGAUAAAAAUUCUAAUAGGUGGAUUUAAAUUGGUAAUAAAACUGAAUGUGCUUUAAUAGAGUUAGCUGAUGUAUUUGGAUUUAAAUAUUCUAAUUAUAGACAAAAUGAUAAGAUUUUAAGAUAGAUUCCUUUCAGUAGUAAAAGGAAGAAGAUGAGUACUGCUGUCUUAAAUCCUAAAAAUUAAACUGUUAGAAUAUAUACUAAAGGAGCAUCAGAAAUUAUAUUAGCAUAGUGUUUUAAAUACAUUUCAAAGAAUGGAUAGGAAUAAUUGUUAGAUAAAACAAAAAAAGAGGAUAUCUUACAUAAUGUUAUUGAAAAUUAUGCAUCUUAAUGUUUAAGAACUAUUGCUAUAGCUUACAGAGAUUUUGAACCAUAAAGUUCUAGUUUUAAAGGUUCAACUGUUAAUAUGAAAGCUCACAUUCAUCAAAUUCCAGAAGAUGAUUUAGAUAAAGAUUUAACAUUAAUUGCCAUAUGUGGUAUCAAAGAUCCAAUAAGAUAUGAUGUUCCUGAUGCAAUUAAAUUAUGUACUCAAUCUGGAGUUAUGGUUAGAAUGGUCACUGGAGAUAAUAUUAUUACUGCAUAAUCAAUUGCAUAAGAAUGUGGGAUAUUAGAAAAAGGUAGAGCUUAAUAAGAAUUUGAAGUUAUUGAUGGUAAAAAGUUUAGAGAUUUAGUUGGAGGAUUAAUCACUGUCAAAAAUGAAGAAGGAAAAGAAAUUAAAAAAAUUAAAAAUUUGCAAAUCUUUUCUAAAAUUAGUAAAGAAAUGAGAGUUAUGGCAAGAGCUUCUCCUGAAGAUAAAUAUUUAUUAGUAACGGGUUUAAUUGAAGAAGGCAAUGUUGUGGCUGUCACAGGAGAUGGUACAAAUGAUGCACCUGCCUUAAAAAAAGCUGAUGUUGGAUUUGCUAUGGGCAUCACUGGAUCUGAUGUUGCUAAGGAUGCAGCCGAUAUUAUUCUUAUAGAUGAUAAUUUUAAUUCAAUCAUUACAGGUAUUAUUAUUGAUUUUAUUCGAUUAGCUAUGAAAUGGGGUAGAAAUAUCUAUGAUUGCAUUAGGAAAUUUAUUUAAUUUUAAUUAACUGUUAAUUUAGUUGCAUUAUUUAUGUCUUUUACUGGUGCUGUAAUUUUGAAACAAUCUCCCUUAAAUGCUAUAUAAAUGCUAUGGGUAAAUCUAAUUAUGGAUACUUUUGCAUCUUUGGCUUUGGCUACAGAACCUCCAUCAAUUAAAGUGCUUUAGAGAGAACCAUAUAAAAGAACAGAUCAAAUUGUAUCCCCUACAAUGUAUAGGACUAUAGUUGGGGCUAGUUUGUAUUAAAUAGUAGUUCUUUCAUUUAUUCUAUUCUUAUUACCAAAAUACAUUGAUUGUUCUAUUCCAAAUGAACUUAUUGGUUAGAAAGUAAUAAUUUUAAUUUUAUCAUAAGUAUUCAAAAAAUGUAGUGUAAAUGAGUAUCUUUUUCUAAGCUUUUGUUUUAAUGUAAGUAUUCAAUUCAAUUUCAUGCAGAUAAUUAGAUUAUCAUACUAAAAACCCAUUUUCAAACUUUUGUAAUAAUCCAUUAUUUUGGAUUGUUCAAACAAUAACUGUUUUAGUGUAGAUUUUGCUUAUUUAGUAUGGUGGUAAAUAUGUUAAGGUUUCUCAUUUAACUCUAUCCUAACAUUUAUUAUGUUUAGGAUUUGCAGUUUUCGGAAUAGUUUUUUCAAUAUUAUUUAAAUUUAUCCCUGAAAGCUUAUGUUAAAGAAUUCAUCUUUUUAAAGAAGAUGAAAUUAAAACUGAUAAGAUGGAUGAAACUCUAACAAGUAGAUUAAGAAGAAAAUCAACAAUGCGUUUACAUACUAGUUAAAGAAGUAAAGUAGAGAGUGGUAGUCUAAAAAAAAUGAGUUCAUAAAAAAUAUGA